AUGGACAGGUUGGGAAUACAAAGUACCACCAAGCUUGGUCAGGUGUGGGUGUCCAAUAUUGUUCACAUUUAUGGGAAAGAAGCAUUGGAUCCCUUAAUUAAGAUAGCCGAUGGGGCUUUUGGGCACUCUGAAAAGAUAUUUGUGUUUAAUGCAAUGCCAAAGAGGAAGUACAUCAGCAUUUCAUCUUAUUCCCGGCCUUACAAAUAUCAUCAACAAUUUGGAGGUAUUUUCAGAAUGAAUCUUGGAUUUUUUAAGUCAGUGCAAAUUGGAAACCCAGCUCUAUUGGAAUCAUUUCUAAGACAUGAACCUAUGCAUCCCAAAAGAAUGGUGAUCAAACCAUGGAAAAUGUACAGGGAAUAUAGAGGAGAAUCUUAUGGUCUGCUUACACUUGAUGGGCAAGACUGGUUGGAUAUGAGGAGAAUUGUGCAAUCAAAACUUAUGAAGCUCAAAGAAGUGUCUAAAAUGGAUGUAAAAAUAAAUGAGGUAUUGGAAGAUUUCAUUGCACAUAUCAGCAGAGUAUGCGACGAACAUGGAAAAAUCGAUGAUUUAUAUUUUGAACUGAACAAAUUGUCAUAUGAGACAAUUUGUUCAGUCCUGUACAAUGAGAGAUGUGGACUUCUUCAAGACACAUGUACAGAAGAUGCAUUGGUUUUCAUUAAAUCAGUAAAAAAGAUGAUGCAAUACUUAGGUCUACUGAUUGUAACCUCAGCAGAGUUUCACAAACAAGUUAAUACAAGACCAUGGCAAAAUCACACAGAAGCCUGGGAUAAUAUAUUUGAAACAGCAAAAAAGUAUAUUGAUGCACGACUAAAUUCCAGCACUGCUAAGAAGGAUGACUUACUUACUGCAAUCUGCUCUGAUCAACUGCUCACAAAGAAACAGCUGCCUGGUCUUCUUACUGAUCUCCAGAUUGGAGGAGUAGAAACUACAGCAAAUUCUUUAUUGUGGUUGAUAUUUCAUCUUUCAAGACACAGUGAUGUGCAGGAAAAACUUCUAGAGGAAAUCCAGAAUGCUUUGUCACCAAUGCAGUCACCAACUGCUUAUCAUUUACAACAGAUGCCAUAUCUGAAGUCAUGUAUUAAGGAAUCUAUGAGAUUGACCCCUACAGUGCCGUUUACCAGUCGGACAUUAGAAGAUGAUACAAACCUUGGAGGAUAUGUGAUUCCUCGGGGUACCAUUGCAAUGAUUAACUUCCAUGCAAUGACUUGGAAUGAUGACUACUUUCCUGAUGCUCAAGUAUAUAAACCUGAAAGAUGGAUGAAACCAAGAACCACAGUUAACCCUUUCGCAAGUACUCCUUUUGGCAUUGGAAAAAGAAUGUGUGUAGGGCAACGUUUGGCAGAAUUACAGCUCCGGUUGACUUUGUGUUCGGUAAUAAAGGAUUUUCAAAUAUGCGCCACUGAUAAUGAACCAGUGAAGGCCAUUUGCUCUGGAGUAAUGAUUCCAAACCGUAAAUUGCCUGUAUCAUUAAGGAAACGGUAG